AUGGACAACGAAGCCAAGAAGACAACCGAGGCCGCGAGUGAUCUCAAUCCAAACGGCUUCAUCACUGACCGCGAGCUCGACGGUGAGCGACGGUCCAUCCGCCACUAUAACGAUGGUCGAGUAUCAGGGCGCGGUAGGAGUGUCGAAGGUAGCCUCCGAACAACAAUGCGCAAGAAUUCCACAAGGACCGGAAAUCGUUCCAGGCCUCUUACCUCCCACUCCAGGGAUUCGGGCGGUCGAUCUACCCCUAUUGUAUUCAAUCCAUCUGAUAUCGCUGAUAUCACUGCUGCUAUGGCCAAGCUCACCGUUGACCAUCCCACUAGCCCCAAGGUAAAGAGACUCAGCAAGAAGUUGAACUUCGAUGCCGGUCCGGGGAUCGAGAUUGUGACUCUGCGAAGAGUCACUCCUUCACCUACGGCUAGUGUUGCCUCCUCUAUAUGCAGCACAGGCAGCAACAGUUCUGUGAAUGCUAGGAUAGCGGAAAUCGAAGAUCGAUUAAAAAAGCACAUCAAGACACGACUGCAGUCGAUAAAGGAGGAAGAUGAAGAGCAAUGA